AUGGUUUGUCAUAAUAUUUCCGUAUCUGAGGUUCGUCCUGGUGAUCAUUUGUAUCGAUGGCACCAUCUAAAAUUAUUACAAGGCAUCGCUGUUCAACUUGAUGAUGAUGUGUCAGAAAUAUUCGUUGUUGUGUUAGACAAAUUAAAUAAUUUUGAUUUGGUAACAUUAAAUGAUUUUAAGGGAAAAGGAGUACUGAGACGAGUACUAUAUGAUCAAGGUGAUAGUCAUUUACAUCGAAUCAAAUUGCAUGGAACUAGUUAUAUUGAGAAGAGAAGACCAGCUAAAGAAAUUGUACAAAAUGCUCUUCUUCUAAUUCAUACAGCAGAUACAAAUCCUCAAUAUUUACAAAAAAUUUUUGUUAAAGAUUUUAAUGAUUUUGCUAAAUUAUGUUGUACAAUUAAUCAUGAUCGUUGGUGUAAUAUUCUACUAGGAGAUGACAGCAAUGUACUUUCAAUUAAAAAAUCAGAAGAAGAAGUUAAAUUUAUUGUAAUUAUGUCAGACGAUAAUAAUUAA